GUGAAGUGAUGCGUGUCGAUCACCCUGACCCGAAGACCCGGAAGUGAUCUCGGCAGCAAAACACAGCCGGUGGACCCGAGCUAUGGUGCGAUUUUUCCCGAACGUCGAUCACGUCUUGCCAAACCUUUCGCUAAUCAUCUGUCAUGCUUAAGGUCGUGUAGUGUCACGGUCAAGGUUAAGUUGGUGGGUAAAUGACGUCAUUUUGACAGGUGACAACACAGGUGUCAGAUGUUCAACGCACAAGCCAGGCAAGCAAGGCGCCGAUAACGUAAGGUUUUUGCAGGAUGGCGUGUCCCCACUUUGCUAAGGUCCUGGGAGUGGUGCAGGCGCUGUGUGUGGUGUGUGGCAUCAUCGUGGCCUGUAUCCUCACCAUCAGUAGAAGCGACGCCGGACAGAGAUGUCUGCUGUUCGGUAACUUCAACCUGGACUCCCAGUCUCAGGUGUAUGGCAGUGACAGUGUGUGUAGCUACUGCCUGUACCAGGCCCUGGUGACCUCCGCUGCAGCCCUGCUCCUCAUGCUGGUCAGCUGCAUCGCCUCUGUCCACUAUGAAGUCUGGUGGCAGUCUGCCCAGAUGGUGGUGUGUCUGCUGGGCUGCCUGGCCAGCCUGGUGGCAGCCGUUACCCUGACAACUGGCUACCAGGACUGGUGCCAACACCUGCUGGAGGGACAGAGCAGACAGGUGAGGCAACAUACAGCUGUAGACAGCUGUGAGACGGCUGCUUCUGAGUAUGACACUUCCAGCGGGCACUCUGUUAUGUUGGUGUUCUUCAGAAAUAUGCAGGCGGCACAGAGUUUUGGCUGGGUGCUGUUCCUGGUCUGGGCACUGACCACCUCUAUGGUGACGGUCCAGUGUUUUGUCGUCUCCAGAAAACGAGAGUACGACCUCGCGCUGCCCGAGUCUGAGGGGGGCGAUGAGAGAAGACCGCUCAUCUGGGGGGAGAGACGCAGGCUGCAGAUCGUACAGGAUCCCACGGAGUAAGGACUCUGAUCUACGGAUCCUACAAAAUAAAGAUCCUGGAUCCAAUGGAGCAAAGACUACAUAUCCUGUGGAUCCCAAGGAGUAGACUUCAAAUCCCACAGGAUCCCACAGAGUAAAUACUACAGAUAUCACAGUAUCCCCAGUAAAAGUGAAUAUCCUUCAGGACCCAUGUAGUAAUAACUACAAAUCUUACAGGAUCGAAGAGUAAAGUCUAAUGAUUCUGUCGGAUCCCACAGAGUAAAGGUUGCAGACCCCACAGGAGUGAAGAGACUACAGAACCAAAUAUCUGUUCCAUUCUGGCUGAAAGUCAGCAUUUUGUGUACUUUUCAGAAGAUCACACAGUGAACAUUCGUGAUCAAAAUGUUGCCACACCAGAAUCAAGCUGGAGAAAAUGAAUGCCAUUGAGUAUCUUAUGGUUUGAGAGUUUGUCAUAAUAUGUUUCUAAAAAUUCUUUUUUUAAAUAUAAUAUUAUACUGAAUAGUCUACUAUUACAGAUUGUAAAUGUUCUGUCUUGUAAAAAGGAAGCAAUAUAUGUACAUAUUUGACUGAUUUUGACAUUUAGAUUCUGAUAUGGUACCAUGUGAACAGUUGUAGUAUUGUGGUGCUCAUGUUAUUUUGCAUUACAUGUAGUUUAAAGAUGAGAAAAAAAGGAUACAGACCAAUUUACCACUGUACAGAAACUUAGCAGCAACAGUAUUAUACGUACAUGAUGCAUGUAUAUUCAAGAAGCAUUUUUUAUAAAUGAACUUUAGUACAUGUACAUAAUCAGCAACAAGUCAUAGAAAAUUUGAAGACGUAAAACUCCCAAUGUUGAAUUGAAAAUUGUUUGCAAAUAUCGGUACUGAAAACAUGACAUAUAUUUUAUGGUAUGUGAGUGCAGAAGUGGUGUAAAUCACUCAUAACCAACCUUCUGUACUUGUAAUAGGUAAGAUCCUAGAGUUAUGAAUUCAGGAAAAUAAGACUGAAUGUAGGAUGAGGUACUUCUGUCAGACAUGCGGGUAAUAAUUAAUGGUUGACAGAGGAAACCAUCAACAUUGUACCACUAUUGUUCUACAUAUGUCUGUCUGUUUCUUGGAAUGCUAAAGAUGAAGAAGAACAAUAAAGACAGAGCCUGAGGACAAGGUGUAGGCAAGGAUAUAUAUAUAUAAUGUCCUUGGUGUAUGCCAUGGAACACACCUUCUCUGGUUUGGCAGUUCUCCCAUAUUGCAAUGUCUAACCUGAGUUUGUACUGACUGACUUGAAUGGACAAUCACUGCGAAACAUGUGGUUCUUGAGUUUAGAACUGUUUGUGUUUUUAUUGUUUUAUUUAUGAAUUACCACAGCCAUGGCCAUCUGUGGUGAUUUUUUUAGUCCAUUUCUUACUGUUGUGCAAUUUCAACAAAAAAUGUAGAGAGACAAUAGCAAUAACUGCUCCAAUACUGUAAGAUGUGCAUAUAUCUUCAUCAGGUUGCUAUCAUGCCAUUUGAAUGUUAAGUCUUAUAACACAACCAAACAUCAAUGCAGAGUCUGCAGACAGUUGAACAAGUUGUCAAUAAACAGGUGUAACCUUAAGAAGGCAUGUU